AAGUUCGGUGUUUGUAAACAGUGUCUUGUGUCUAAAUUAUGCCCGAGUUCAGAUUGGAAUCGUUUUAAAUAUGACGAGAGAUCACGAUUCAGAUAGCGGUGUGUAUCAUAUCUAACAAAUACCAAUUUGCAAAGUAUAACCUUAAUGAGUUAACCACGUCAACGAAUUGUACAAACUUAGAUGAUGCUUUGGCAAGGUAUUGUGACCGUUGUGGUGCUACUAAUGGCAUCCACCGUGCAAGCCGAUUUCUCUUGCAUCUGUAACUACAAUGUCGAGAGCACAGUGUACGCGUCGACAGCUAAGAACUCUGUAAUUGGCUACAUGUACGAGUUUGACUGCAAACCGGAAGGCCCACCAUCGAACGAUGCCAAUUGGGUCAACAUCCAGUUUGAAAAACAAUACGGGUAUAUGGCGAAAGGUCAGGGAAUUGAGACGCAAGUCUGCCCUGGGGAACCUUCAGAGACGGACAAAGUCACAACGACUUCAGCAACAUUAACGUCAACAUUAACCACAACAACGAUGCCGUCCACAUCUACACCUGCACCAACCACUACAAUAACUACGGCCCCCAUCACUACAACAACAACUUUUCCGAAUCCAACAACAACAACAACAACAACAGUACCUACAACAUCAACAACAACAACGCCUAAGUCAACAACAUCAACAACACUACCGACAUUGUAUGAAACAACAACGCCGAUAUCCACAACAACUACACAGCCCACACAAAGUACAACAUCAUUACCAACAACUGAAACACCUAAAUCCACAAUAACAACGACCCCGAAACCCACUACAACGAUUCAACUCACAACAACUACUUCACCUCCACCUACAACUACUACCACACAAAGAACAACUACGACAACUGCACAAACAACAACCACGACCAUUAAACCAACAACUACGACAACCACUCCAAUCAUCACGACAACCCCGAAACCAACAACUACUCAAAGGACAACACACUUUUAUUCUACAUUACCAACCAUAACUAGUUCCGUUGGACCGUUCACACAAGUACAGUACGGAUGCCCCAAACAGUACUUUCAACACGCACAACAACAUCACGGGACCCUUUUCACAGUAGACAGCACAUGUUACGAGAUUGUGCCAACGGCGGCUACUUGGACGGAUGCGGAGGCGGAUUGUGUAGCAAGGGGAGGUCACCUAGCCCAUGUACCUGAUCAACGGCAUCAGGACGCCAUAUACCAUGUGACCAGUCAGCAUCUUGGACAUGACGUCUGGAUUGGAUUGAAUGACAGAAACCUGGAACGACACUAUGAGUGGUCUUCAGGUGAUCCGGUCAACUACACCAAUUGGAUUGGUAGACACGAGGACGUCCUGCUUCACGGAGUUCAGGACUGUGCCGGACUGGGUGCUAAAACAUUCCAAGGCCAGUGGAACGAUGUAGAGUGCUCAAGGAAAUUGAAUUACCUUUGUGAAUUCAGGGCGACAAUGUCAACAGUUUUGGCAACGACCACACCAAUGCUACAAUUAUCUAACACAGAUGGAGAUAUUCAUAUGUGUGCUGGACCAGUUCAGCAGGAGUCAAGGCGAAACAAUUAUCCACUGGCCCAAUAUGGUGACAGCUGCUAUGAGCUUCAAACGCACAGUGCUAUCUGGACGCAUAGCGAGCUUCUUUGUAAGCAACAUGGGGGCCAUCUGGUAGCAAUUACAAGUGAGACUGAGCAAGCCUUCGUGGACGCCUUUAUGGCACGUCAUAAUACUGACCACGCUGUCUGGAUCGGGCUCCAUGAUAGGAACGUUGAAGGACAGUUUGAAUGGACUUCAGGUGAAAGUGUAUCUUACACGAACUGGGUUCCAAACCACACGAGCAACUUCGUAAGUCAUAACACCGAGGACUGUAUUGCACUUAUACCAUACAAUAGCAGCAAAUGGGACGAUAUACCCUGUGGGCAACAGGGACUUUUGUUUGGUGACGUGGGAGAAAAGCAUUACACUUUCUGCGAAUACAAAGUUCUGUCAAGUCACGGUUCAAGUGUGCUGGUUGGGUGAAAAGUGGAUACCACUGACAGAUGAAAUAUAAACAUUCACAUACAACAUUUGCUAUUGUGUUUGUUUUGUGUAUCUCAUAAUAAGACAAUUUGUUUUAUUUAUCGAAACAAGACUGUACAUUUGAAUCAAUAUAAAACAGACGAAAAGAA